CAACAACAGCAGCAACAAAAAACAUUGACAACAACAUCGACAGUAGCAGCAGCGAACAUUUUGGGCAAUAAUUUAGUACACAUUAAUAGCGUUGACAAAAGUGUACAUAAAACGACGACAGCAACGGCAACAGCAACAGCAACGACGACAGCAAUUAGCAAGCAACAACAGCAGCAACAAUUUCAGCAAAGGCGCUCAUUGCUGCCAGCAACGGUAACAACAACAGCAGCAGCGCAGCAGAGCGUAACAGCAGCAGCGCCAUUACAAGCAGCAGCAGCAGCAGCAGCGCAGUCGCAUCAGCUGCAAACAGUGGCAACAAUACAUCAGCCACACUCAACGCAACAACAGCAACAAACGCAAGCAACAGCAUCGCGUCUGCCCAUACAACAACAGCAACAAUUGCUUGCUGGCAACCCUAAAGAGUUGGCCGCCCACUCACAUCUGCCGCACACGCGUCGCAGCUUCUAUCAAUUGCAACAGCAGCAACAGCAGCAGGCAACGCUCAAGGCCGCACAUUUAAAAGCGCCCGCCCACUCGAUACCCCCUCGCUAUCAGCCACCGCCGCAGCCGGGGCCAGGCAGCGGCAUUCUAAAGCCACAUUUGCCGCUCAAAUAUCCGCCGGAUAUACCGCAGCUAACAAGCAUCUAUAUACCCGAUUCGGUUAAGCAACAACAGCAGCAGCAGCAGCAACAACAGCGGCAGCAGCAGCAGCAACAGCAGGCUCGCUAUCUGCACCAGCAGCAGCAACAGCAUCAGCAGUCCAGCAAGGCACAACAGGAUAUGCUGAAGUUUGUGCGCAAACCGGAACAGGAACAUCCGUCGCCAAAUGCUUCGGUCACGUCCAGCGUGGCCACCGGCAUACCAACAGCCAAUGGCGGACGUUUAACAGUCGAACAGAAUCGCCAAUUGCAGUCCUUGGUAAAUGAGCUCCGCUCGCUGAAGGAACAAAAUCAGCGUCUGCUGGAUGACAAUCAGGAACUGCGCGAUUUGUGUUGCUUUCUGGACGAUGAUCGCCAAAAGGGUCGCAAGCUGGCACGCGAAUGGCAGCGUUUUGGACGAUACACGGCCAGUGUAAUGCGUCAGGAGGUGGCAGCGUAUCAGAACAAACUACGCCAGCUGGAUGAUAAGCAGCAGGAGCUAAUCACCGAUAAUCUGGAGCUGAAGGAGCUGUGCCUGUAUCUGGAUGAGGAACGCGCCCAUAUGGCGGCAAAUGCUCUAUGCGCGGGCUGCGGUGCGGCCACGCGCAACGCACUGCGCGAUGAUGGAGACGGCUCCAGUUCGAGCACCAACGCGGAUGAGACGAUCACAGCGCUGCGCAACUAUGCGGAACAGAGACAAUUGCCGGAUUUGCGCAACGCUCACACGCUCAAUGAUCAGACGCUGCAAUAUGUGCGCUCGCUGGAGCGGCGCAUACAGCAGCUAGAAGAGGAACGUACCACGCCCACGGCUAAUCUGCAACAGCAGUCGCAGCAGCAGCAGCAGCAACAGCAACAGCAGCACCAAUCGCAGCCACAGGCACAACAGCCAGCAUCUGUAGCAGCAUCACCCAAAUCAGCGCCCUCGCCACACACACACACACAGCAGGACAUCAGUCAGGCGGUGGCCGCUGCUGCAGCGGCAGCUGCUGCACUGCCCGAACCAAUAUCGGGGCGUCCCGAGGCCGUUGUGCGUGCACUACAAGUGCUGGAGGUUAGGGAGCAGCUGGAACGAGAUCGCCUCGGCAAUCUGGCGGGCAGUGCUCUCGACCAGAUGGACGAUGGCGAGAAGGCGCUGGUGCGCGAGAUGUGCAACGUUGUCUGGCGCAAGCUGGAAGGCAGUCCACACGGGCCCACUGCCCUCGAGCCGCUCUAAGCAUUUCAACUUACCACCUACCACCAACUAUGCAACAAACAACUAACGAACCUGGCUAACACAACACACACACAUACACACACUAUUUACUAAAACACAUUGUACAAAGUUCAAACUAUGACUUAAGCUUAAGCGCUUUAUUUAAAAAUGAAAAAAAACAAAUCGCAAGAAAUAAGAAAUACUCAA